AAAAAACACAAAUUAAUUCAUUUAAAAACAAAAACAAUCAACAUGAUGACGUCAGAGCAGAGAAGCGAAUCAGUGGUUGACAUUCAGCAUCAACAGCAUUCGUCUUCUCUAACAGAGGACAGCAACAGCAACGCGAGUAGCGCCAGUUUGAACAGCCGCAUCGGCGGGAGUAGUCCGAGUGAUAGCAGCAGCGUCGACAUCGAGAACGGCGCAUCGGUUGGCGACACUUCGGUCAACGUCGAUCUUUCGAACGCCGUGCCGGCCAUCAUGUCCGUGGCCGACUCGCUGUCGCCCGUCAAACCGGCCGCUCAUCACGAAGCCUCUUCAUCGUCGGCCACGUCCCACAGUGGCAAGUUGAGCCUCAAUCAUCAAGUCAGCCACUUGUACACGAUCGAGGCCAUUCUCGGACUCAACAAUCAACACUCCAAAGAGAAAGACGAUCGGUGCGAUGUUGUUGGCGGUGUGAGGCAUCAGGCAAAGUUGUUCCGCGACAUGUCGCAAGCCCAUCAUCAUUACAGUCCGGCGCAUCCGCACGAGGCGGACGUUGACCAGCAGAUGAUGAACAAUCAGGCGGGGGAGAGCAGCGAUGAUGAAGACGGCCAUCAGGCGGACAACAAGAGCGGAAUGAACGGCGUUGAAAAUGGCGCCGGCGGUUGCAGCGGCAACAGCAAGAAACACCGGCGCAAUCGGACGACGUUCACCACAUUCCAGCUGCACGAGCUGGAACGGGCUUUCGAGAAAUCGCACUACCCCGAUGUCUACAGCCGCGAAGAACUGGCCAUGAAAGUGAACCUACCCGAAGUGAGAGUGCAGGUGUGGUUCCAGAACAGACGGGCCAAAUGGCGACGACAGGAGAAGAUGGAAGCAUCGCAACAACUGCGCAAGUUCCAGCAAGAAUUCUCUUCGAUGAUCCCGACCGCGGCGGCUGCCACCACCCCGCGCUACAACAACAACAACAACAAUGGCGGGUCGGCCGUUGUUGCGGCUGCGGCCGCCGCCGCAGCCGGCCUACCCGUUCACCUGGACCAUUGGUUGUCUUUGACUUCCGGCGCGGCCAUGGCGUACCAUCAAGCGGCCGCUGCGGCCGCCGCUGCCGCCGCCUCUUCGGCCUACCCGACGGCCGCUUCCUAUCUGAUGACACCGCUGAUGGGAUCGACGCCGUUGAUGAAUCAGGUGCAACAACAUCAUCGGCAAACGACCCCGUCGCCAUCCAGCGGCUCUCUGACCAUCACUUCUCGGGAUUCACCGGAUCACGCCGCCACGCCCGCCUCCCGCUUUCGCAGAGGCGAUUCCAAACCGCUGUAGUUCCGUUUCCCUUUUUUCUUUUUUUUUUUUUGGUUUAUGAAGUUGUGUCAGACGUAUGGUCUUCGUGUGUCUCUCCAUAUCAAAAAUUUCCAAUCAUUUAUGUCCAUUCCGUUGUAUCGAUAUAAAUGAUUUUAAAAAAUAUUUUUUUUUUUUUUGAAAGGAUGGGACUUGUAAAGUUUAAUGAAUUCCGCAUUGGCUUUAUACAUUUAGGUAUAUAUAUAUGCAUAUAAAAUAUAUAUAGGCUCUAUACAUGUGUGCAAUUUCGUUGUUUGGUUUUUGAUUCCCAAACGACGUGACAUGACCGACUUUUUUUUUUUCACUGGUAGUUUCUCCUCUUGUCUGGCCUCAUCUUUUCGAACUGAACCCCUCCCUUCCCAAAUCGUGUAAAUAUUUAAACGUAAAACUGAAAGACAAUA